CCUUCCUUUAUCAGAAUUUUUAUGUCUUUCACGUAACAUUAUUAUUCAGCAAACGUUACUACAUCCGUUAAACACAGUUCCUCUCAUAUAUUUUCAUUUUCAUUUAAGUUUCUAACAUGAACUACUCGCAAGACUCCUCGAGUAACAAUUAUAAUUUGAGUAAUAGUACUAUCGUUAUUAAUCUCUUCGAUAAAUAUCCUCCUGAGUUACUGUACUUUGCAGCAGCUUGUUGCAGCUGCUUCGUUGUUAUUGGAGUGCCUGGGAAUAUCAUCACUAUUAUCGCUCUUCUCAAAAGUCCUCGAUUGAGGAAUGCAACGUCAGCAUUCAUCAUCAAUCUAUGCGCUGCCGAUGGAUUUUACUGUGCCUUCACUCUUCCACUUGCUACCUCCACAUUUAUACACAUGACAUGGAUAUAUGACAACUAUCUCUGCAUGAUUUAUCCGUUGAUACGUUACUCUAAUGCUACAGUAUCUGUUUUGACAAUUAUGGCCAUUACCAUUAACAGAUACGUUAUCAUCGUCCAUCCGAAAAUUUACUCUAGGAUCUAUACUAAAAUUAGCAUUUCUAUCAGCAUUGUCUGCAUCUGGUUGGUAUCUUUUCUCCUUUUGGUGCCCACAGCUCUCGGUAUUUGGGGAAAAUUCGCAUUUAAUCCCCAAGUGGGCACUUGUACCAUGGUUAAUGUGAAUGGUAAAUCUUCCAAAAACUUUCUUUUUUUUAUGGCAUUUUGUGCACCCACUUUGGUGUUUGCAUUCUGUUAUUCGAGGAUUUAUUGGGUCGUCAGAAAAUCGGAAAAAAGUUUGCAGGCGAGAAGAAAAAUAAUAAAAGAAGAAGAGAGAAGCAUCUGCAGCAAAUUAAAUUGCUGUAGAACAGAGAAGAAAACUUCAAAAAUUCAGGAAAACCGGAAAACUUCGAAAGAUUUAAAACUGUUGAAGGUAAUUCUGGUGAUAUUUUUGGCUUUUAUCUUCUGUUACGUUCCUUUGAUAAUAGUUAAAAUCUUUAGAAAAGAAGAAAGUUUACCUAUUUUGAACAUUAUAGGAUACAUUGGAUACUUUUUUACCGGUUGUGUUAAUCCUAUUAUUUAUGUCAUCAUGAGCAGUGAAUAUAGAAAAGCAUACAAGGAACUAUUCAUUUGUUCUGAAAAGACUAGAAGAAAUAGAGCAGCACAUAUGAGUCACUUAUAAAAUAAUCUAUAAUUUAUACAAUAUUCUAUAUAUUUGAUAAAAGUCGAGUGAUAAAUUCUUUCUAAUAAGAUUUAUAAAGAUGAAAGCGAAUGUAAUGGUAUCAGAUUAUCUUGUUUCUUGCUUUCUAGUUUCUCGCUCUCGAUAAAAUUGCCAUACAAUAGCCUGAAUUCUUCUUUUUCUUUCAAGGUGUAAAAUUAAAAUGGUCAGAAGACGACGUUCAAUACCUUUAUUUCGAAUAGUUUUAAAUCGCUUAUUCUAUAUUUCUGAUUACUCGGUAACGGACUUGUGAAUUAAUAAAUCUCUCGCGAAAGAAAUUUUAAUCGUUUUUCUUCUCUCCCCUAAACGCUGAAGAAGUUAUGUUUGAAUACUUCAAACACCAGAAAUGAGUAAGAAACUAAUGCACAAGCGCAGUAUAAAGCAAAAACCCUCAAACCGCGAUAAAAAUCAGUGUCAGAUAUCUGAGAGAGCGAGAUUUUUUGUCCCGCGACUAAGCGAUUCCAUUUCGCGCGAUGGUUUCGCUUUCCGAGAGCAAUGGUCAUCUCAUUGGAAUCUAUCAAAACUCGUGAAAGCCUUUAUAAGCUCAUGCCUGAUAUAAAGGCUAUCUUGUUACCUACGGGACGGAAAUUUAAAAGGAAAUCAUAAUUAAAGUAGCUCUAUUUAACGAUGUCUUGAAGAAAAUUCUGCAAUCCUAACCUAACCAAAUUUACCAUGUUGAUAUUCCAGAACAUGCACAGAACCAAUCCACGAAGGAAAGUUCAGUUCAAAUACUCACUACUACGGGAUAUGUGGUGCUGAGAACGGCAAAAAAAACUUCAUAAAUUGUCCUUAAUUAAACAGGCGUGCAUCAUGCAUACGAUACUCUUUUGUCGCUCACACCGUCACAUAUUUCGUAUUGGUGAGUUUGCAUGUAAUAGAAUGACUAAAACCUACAUUAGAGGAAAAACCAAAUUAAAACGUCAGCAAACCUGUAUUUACCUUGUACUACUAUGGAUAAAUUCACUAGACUGUGGAUGAAUAAUCAACUCUUAGGUAUUGUAUUGUGUAUACAUACGUAUAAAUACGUUUGCCACAUUCAAAUCUUUUCCCUGAACUUAAUUGAUUUUUUUCUUAAUUUAUUUACGAAGCUAAGGAGCUCGGGGGACCGACCCCUCCCCGGUUACGCUAAUGGAAAUCUCUUCCGCUAUGUCUUGCAAUCACUCAUGUGUUGCGUUACUUUAUCCCAUUAAUUAAACCAUAUUGAAACCAAACUAAAAAAUUGUUUGUUACAAUGUUAUUUUUCAAUUGUAAUUAAAUAAUUUUUGAAAUCUAAUACUGUAUCUAUACAUCACCAACUCCGCGCAAACCGCAUUUUAUCGGUAGAAUUUUUGAAUUGAAAUUUCUCUUAAAACAAUCCGCCAUUUUUGACGAAUUUAACAGUUGUUUUAAUAUAAAAUUGUAACUUAGAAUUUUAUAGUUGAGAUUCUUUUGGCAGGAUGCAUCUUUCCGAAAUUUCCAAAUUUGUGUAUAGAAAAUUUCCUCAUAAGUAAUUUCCGUUUAGUAACAACUGGAAACAAACCUUCAUAUUUCACUACAUUGUAUAAUUAUAAUAAAUAAAAUUGAUACUGAAUGCUAAUAUUCGUUUCUAAGCUCGAAUUCGCGUAGACACACCGACAGACAAACAAUAUUUAUUUUACUUACUGUUAAUUUAUCGUUUCUUUAUUUAAUAAUUCUUCGAAGGAUUCCAAAUUCCCUCUUCGAAACUUCCAAUUAAUCAGCAUUAAUGAAUCAUAAAACGAAGGUUGUUACACCCGUUAAAUAUUUCCUUCUAAAUUUUAUUACAUUCAUUUGUUCUUCAACGUGAAUUACAAACAAGCUUCCAGUGAUAAUUAUAAUUUCACUAACACCACUGUUAUCUCUUUUUUCGAUACGUAUCCUCCUGAGUUACUGUACUUUGCAGCAUCUUCUUCGUUGUUAUUGGAUCUUUACUGUACUUUGCUUGUUGCAUCUUCUUCGUUGUUAUUGGAGUCUUAGGAAACAUCAUCACUAUCAUCGCUCUGCUCAAAAUUCGUCGACUGAGGGA